ACUUUGCAGCCUUUUUUCUGUUGUGGCAUAAGAGUUGAGGAAGAAAUUUCUUAUAGUCUAACUAAAGCUCUGUUAGAAAUUGUUCUCACGUAGGUCAAUGGGACUCCGUCUGGGUUAAGAGGCAGAUAUUAAGGCAGAUACUGAAUGUGAAUGCAGGUAUUCAGUGUGUAUUGUCACUGCUGGCAGAACACCCCAAAGCCAGCGCAAAUGUCUAAUGAGCAAUGUGAAGUAGGAGUGGAGAUUGCUGCUACUUUUUCCUCAGCAGGAGAUGAUAAGGGAAGAAAAGAACGUCAUAUGAAGAGCAAAAAGCUCAGCUUUUUUUACACAGGAAAAAUCCUGGCUAAAUAGCUUUCCUCCUGCCACGCAACUCUUUGAAGAAAGGAAAAGCACUGAUAAAACUCUUCAGUUCUCGGUUAUCUGCAUGGAAUCUGUGUUUUCAAUGAAAGGGCUAAGAACGUUUCUAAGAAUGAAAGCGCUCUGCCUGGUUUUUGUAUGGAAUGUCUGAACUUUGGGUGUUACUUUAAUAAAAAUAAUUCCUGGUCUUUUUAUGGAAUAUCUAAACUCUGGGCGUUACUUUAAGAAAAAUACUUCCAAGCUCCAAGAUUAACAGAAUUGCUAAAAGGAGUUGGUUCUCAAUGAGAAAAACAAUAAACUGAAUUUGGAAUUUCUGAACCAAGCCCUCAAAGGCAACUUGUGGCAAAAUUCCAAAAGAAAAAAAUGUCAUUUUUAUAAAAUGGCUGUAUGGCUUCUUUUUCAGUUGUAGCUAGAAACUGCUUUGAAAAGUGAUUCUCCCUUUGCAGAGGCCUAUAAAUAAAAUGUUUAGAACAAAUGGGUUUAAUUUUAGUAUAACAUUGAAAUGAAUUAAAAAUGUUAAAAGGGGCUACUCUAAUUAGGGAUUUGUUGAAACUGGAGUCAGAGAAAAUAACCCAUAUUUGCACAUAUGAAUAAAAACUUAAAUCCUGAAUCUGCACAGGAGUAGUUCCCUUAAGCUUCUGCCGGGCUGCCACACUUGCACGUUUAACUGGUGUUAGACACCUUUGAUGUGUAAAAGGCACGUGCGGCUCUAUAGCUUACUGCUGAUGAAGGCUGCAGUUCGGACAAGGUUCUACAAACAUUUUCCAUUUUUGUAAUAGAAUAGAAAGAGUAUUUUAAAAGGACUCGGCCAGCAGGAGGGCUGUAUUACCUACCAAAAUAUCAUCUGGAUCAUCCUGAAAACAUAGCUUGUAAUAUUCUUUUGACUGACAGCAUAGGGUGUGAAGUAUAAAUUCCUGAACAGGAAAGAUGUAUGUUGGUUGUGCAAUGGGAGAAUCCAUGUGAUCUUGUUAUUUAUGGCACUUUUCUCAGAUGUCUUUCUGUGAAUAGAACAGCUGCUAUGAACUUUACUGAGCAUAGAGUAUAUUUGAACUACUUUAUUUUACUGUUGCUCAGAUAGUGGCGUAUGCUCUGCUGAGCAAUAUUAUUUCUAACUUAUGUGACACCGAUUGUAAAAACAGAGCAGAACUUGGAGAACCUUUUUACUGAUUGAUGAAAAGCUCAAAGGAAAAAAAAAAAGUGAGGAUAUUAUCCAUAGCUUUGAUCGGUGGACUUUAGGGAGUGAUACUUUAAGGCAUCUAACUUCUUUAUACAGCAUCAGAAAAGAAGGAGUGGACUGACAGAAGAGAAAAACAUUCUUUUGAGAUGAAAGGUUGGAAGGGGAGAGGCAAUCUUAGGCUUUCUACAUUUUAUUUCAUUUCUUCACGACCAUGUUGUUAAAUAGCAACAACUAUUGUUUAUAGAAACUCUCCCUCACUUCACUGAUGAACUGUGGCUUAGGCGUUUAGUACGUGGCCGUGCCAUUGCUGAAUAGGUCCAACUCUACAGUCAGAUAAGACUUGGAAUAAUUGUUCUUAGCUCUAAUAAAUAACUGUGCUCAUGUGAUCUGCAAUUGGCCAGCGGAUUUUUUCUUAGGCAAAGUAUGUACUGCUUGUAUUGCACACUUAUUUAAAGCUAUUUUUAGCACAAUAGAUUGAGAAUUUUAGCAGCCAAAAAUACCUUUAUUGAGUCCAUUAAAAUAUUUCCUCACCCUGACUGUGUUUUUGUGUGCAACAAUCGGAAAACAUCGCAUCUUUUUCACUUUGAAUUCAGUAAUGAGCCAAAAGCAGUGAAAGCAUUGCACUUCAGGCUUUUAAGAUUAUUUUUGCUGUUGCUGAUGGGAGAAUUGUUCUCUGUUAUUACUGUCUUCUCUUUCAACCUCAGCAAAUGCCAAAUGCAAACCACUCGAUGGCUGAUCAGAGGUUCUUGAAAUAUUGGUAUGGCAGUACUCUAAAACUUGUGGCUUGGGCCACUGUUUGAGUUGGUUGCCCAAGAGCAUUGUAGAAGUACUGGGUUCAUUACUGAUUGUUGGCUGGAUUUUUAUCUGUCUUCCUUACAGAUGUGAGAAAGAAGAAUGGGAAAGUAUUUACGGCCUUUAUAAAGAAUUGAGAUCACUGCUCUGGCAAAGAAUUCUUAAUACUGCUAUGUAACUAUUAAACAGCAUGGGGAGGUCAUUGAGAAAGCGACCUGCAGCCCACGGGAACACUAGCCAAGAGCAAAAUGAGAUCAGUUUUGCUCAGCUGGACACCGUUCUUUAUUCAGGCAUGGAGAUGGGAGGGGAACUCUUUGCUCAGAGGGAGAAGCCCUGUGUGACCUUGAAAAGCCCAGCAUGGACAGGACACCACAGUUGUACCAGUUUGGGAGCAAAAUAUGGAAUGUGUUUCACUGCUGACCGAACGCAGCCAAAUGAACAGUAUUUAUAGUAGUUUGAAAAUCAGCAGUUAGCAGUUUCUUCACAUUCUAACACUACCCAGCACUUUCCAGAGAGAACUCAUUGUUUACAAGAAAUCUGCUUUCCAAAUCCGUUACGGUGCCCUCCAGCCUUGACUAUUAACUAUUUGCAAAGAGGAAACUCUUAACCUACGCUUUGGGGAAAGAUGGCAAUGGAUGAGUACCUGUGGAUGGUCAUUGUGGGUUUUAUCAUUGCUUUUAUUUUAGCAUUUUCAGUUGGUGCAAAUGACGUUGCCAAUUCGUUUGGGACUGCUGUGGGCUCUGGUGUUGUUACUUUACGCCAAGCUUGCAUUUUGGCUUCAGUUUUUGAAACCACUGGCUCAGUAUUACUGGGAGCAAAAGUAGGAGAAACGAUCCGUAAAGGUAUAAUUGAUGUUAACCUUUACAACAACACCGUGCCACUACUGAUGGCAGGAGAAGUUAGUGCAAUGGUUGGUUCUGCUGUUUGGCAGCUGAUUGCGUCUUUCUUGAAGCUCCCAAUAUCAGGAACCCAUUGCAUCGUAGGUGCUACAAUUGGAUUCUCCCUGGUUGCGAUCGGCACGCAGGGAGUUCAGUGGAUGCAGCUGGUCAAGAUUGUUGCCUCCUGGUUUAUUUCCCCACUUUUAUCUGGCUUGAUGUCUGGAAUACUCUUUGUGCUGAUUAGAUUCUUCAUUUUAAACAAGGAAGACCCCGUGCCCAACGGUCUCCGUGCACUUCCAGUGUUCUAUGCUGCUACUAUAGCUAUUAACGUGUUCUCCAUCAUGUACACUGGGGCGCCAGUACUAGGACUGGUACUGCCAAUGUGGGCCAUUGCUCUAGUAUCAGUCGGCGUAUCCUUAAUAUUUGCUGUCUUGGUUUGGAUUUUUGUAUGUCCAUGGAUGAAGAGAAAAAUAGAAAGCCGGUUAAAGAAAGAUGCUGCACUGUCAAGGAUAUCAGAUGAAAGUCUUGAUAAAAUUCAAGAAGAAGAAACACCGGUCUUUAAAGAGCUUCCUGGUGCCAAAGCAACUGAUGAGAGCACAAUUCCCCUCACUGGCUCAGUAACAGAAGCUGCUGGGGCAUCAGAUAGUAUCGCAAAUGGAAACCAUCCACGUGUACCAUAUGGAAGGGCCUUUUCUAUGACACACACCUCUGUGAAAUCACCCAUUUCCAAUGGCACCUUCAACUUUGAUGGCCAGAUGAGGAGUGACGGCCAUGUGUAUCACACUGUGCACAAGGACUCAGGUUUAUACAAAGACUUGCUACACAAAAUACACCUGGACAGGGCCACCGAUGAGAGGCCUGCACAAGAAAACAACUAUAAACUGUUACGCCGCAACAACAGUUAUACUUGUUACACAGCUGCCAUUUGUGGCAUGCCUGUGCAUUCUUCCUUUAAGGCAGCUGAUACGUCAACACCAGAGGACAGUGAAAAGUUAGUGGGAGACACGGUCUCCUAUUCUAAGAAAAGAGUUCGCUACGACAGCUACUCUAGCUAUUGCAAUGCAGUAGCGGAAGCGGAGAUUGAGGCGGAGGAGGGGGGAGUGGAAAUGAAGUUGGCCUCAGAGCUGGCAGAUCCUAACCGGCCCCCGGAUGAGCCUGUGGAAGAGGAUAAGGAAGAGAAUGACACGUCUCAGGUUCAUCUACUUUUCCACUUCCUCCAGAUCUUAACAGCGUGUUUCGGAUCCUUUGCCCAUGGAGGUAAUGAUGUCAGCAAUGCAAUUGGUCCUCUAGUCGCUCUCUGGCUUAUCUAUGACCAAGGUGGUGUAAUGCAAGAAGCAUCGACUCCCGUCUGGCUGCUGUUUUACGGAGGUGUUGGGAUUUGCGUGGGUCUCUGGGUCUGGGGUAGAAGAGUCAUCCAGACAAUGGGUAAAGACCUCACGCCAAUCACACCAUCAAGUGGAUUCACUAUUGAGUUGGCUUCGGCGUUCACAGUUGUGGUAGCUUCCAAUGUUGGACUUCCAGUCAGUACUACACACUGCAAGGUGGGCUCCGUGGUGGCUGUUGGCUGGAUACGUUCCAAGAAAGCUGUUGACUGGCGUCUCUUCCGCAACAUCUUCCUGGCCUGGUUCGUGACUGUCCCAGUUGCUGGCUUGUUCAGUGCGGGAGUGAUGGCGCUGCUGAUGUACGGUAUUCUGCCUUAUGUCUGAAGAGCCUCUUUCUCCAGGAAAAGGGGAAACAGCCAAGCUACUAUGAGGGGAGAAGCGUUCCUGGGAAAGAACCAGUUGGAAAGGAUUCAUCUUCCAUAUCUAACUUCUUAUCUACUGUACAUAACAAUGUGUCAUAUUGGUGACAUGGUGAUGUGGUGCCAUUUCUUAUAUAUUAAAGAAAUAUAUAUGCAUAUAGUAGGUAACAAUACCUAAGUUAUAUUAUCAGUGGGGUGAAAAUAAUUGCCUAGAAUUUAAUAUUUAGUAAAAUUUGUACAUAGUGUAUCAUUUUGGUGGCAAUUUUUUAAUCUUUUGAAGAAGAGUAUGGAUUAGGAAAUGUUUCUUGUCCAUUUGAUAUAAGAAGAAGCGAGGUACAGGACUGCAUAACACAUGAAUUUUUUUAAAGCUAUUAAGAUACUGGAACAAACUAAAAUGUGCAGAAGUGCUUUUCAUAAAAUAACUUUGUUCAUAUCAUAUUGAACUUUGUGUAUCAUAGUGUAAUGGUUAUGGCUUUGUAAAUACUUACAAACAGUAACUUUUAAAUGGUGCAUUUCCCUUAUAUAUUUUGGAUAAGAAAGUUUAGGAAGUACCAAAGAAGCAGGGGAAUAGCUUGUCAAUAUUAUGUUGUUGUCUACACGUGUGGGCGUGUGUUGUGUUUCCCCACCUCUAAUUUAAAGUUGUUUUUGCUAAACUACCACCAGCAAAGCUGGGAGAGUACUGUUCAUGUCUUAAUGUAACUAAAAAAAACCACACACACAAAAAAAGAGUUAGUUCUACUUGUUCUUGUUACCUAGUAGGCAUAACACUACUGUCCACAUUUGACUAUAGUAUACUGGCUUGAUUUUGUGGUUUGAAGUCUCUCACUACUCACCUUCUACCUUCCCCUUACAAGGCUUUGCUUCUAGUUGUCCUACUAUCGGUUUCAGUGUAAGAACAGACUGUCAGUUUCCUCUUUUUUUAUCCAGCAUGUCACAACCACACAAUCUCAGGUAAAUGAGUGGGAUUGUAGGGUCUAUGUCAUAGCCAUGUGCAAAUGCUGAGGAAUAACAGCAGGUAGAAAGUAGGCGCUAGUUUUGUGUGAAUGACGGUAUUGGUGUGGAAAGGUGAGCUGAACGCUGCGUGAACUUCAGUUACAGCGAGGAUGCAAAUAAAUGCCUGAAGCUCGGACCGGGUCCCCCAGGCAAGUCCCAUCCUACCCCCUGACCAUGCAGCCCUGCGCGCUGCUGUCCACCAUCACUAGGGGAUGAGAUUCUGGCCCUGUAUGAAUGGGGAUUGCAUGGUAACCAGCAUUUAGGAUGAGAUUUUCCCAGCAGCUAGGGCGACCCGUAUGGGAAAUGGCCAGCUACAUCCCCUGCACAGCUUUGGAAAGCACAUUUAGGUUAAGGUUACUGUUUCUUGGGGAGGAGGCAAGGGCAAAGGGGUGGCCAAAUGAGGUUGGGAAUCUAUUACUGUUUAAAUGCUGCUAAAAUUUUGAUAAACGUUCUUGGUACUCCAUUGUGACUUUUCCAUUGGUCAUUCGUACUAAAUUUAUAAUAAAAGGAUAAACAGCCCCUA